AUAUUGUUGUUUAUUCCCGUUCUUUUAAUCAACACCUUCUAGAUGUUGAUAAAGUUUGUCAAGCAUUACAUACGUCAAAUUUUAAAUUAAAUUACGAAAAGUGUUCAUUUGUCCAACCUGAAAUUUCGUUCUUGGGACAUAAGAUUAGUGCAGCUGGUUGUUCUCCUAACGAUGAUAAUAUUCGUGCUAUUUUACAAUUUCCAGUACCUAAAUCAAGUAAAGCUGCCCAUUCUUUUUUACAAAUGAUUGGUUUUUAUAGAAAAUUUAUCCCUCGCUUCGCUCAAAUAUCAGCUUCACUCAACAAAUUUACUCGAAAAGGUUUUCCCUUUAUCUGGACAGAAAUAGAACAAGCAUCUUUUAACCAACUAAAAGAUGCAAUUACAUCUCCUACAGUACUUGUAUUACCUGAUCCUUCUGAACCAUAUACAAUUCGAACUGAUGCAUCACGGGUAGUUCAACAAACAAUAACACCACCUAUAUCUAUUACACCAUCAACAACAGCAACAAAAACAGCAUUAUCAACUUCAUCUGUAAAAGCUGUCUCCAUAUUCUACGACAAUGAUGUAUUAUAUCAACAUCAAAAUCAAGAUUCUCAUAUACAAGCAAUUAAAAAUACACGUCCAUUACCUGCUAAUUAUGUUAUUGAUGAUCAUAAUGUUCUUUAUAAAAUUGUUACUCGUAAAUUUGGCCAACGCAUUAACCCUCGUUAUUUACCUACUUCGUUAACUCCUAAUGUUCUAUUAACUUAUCACAACUCAACAUUUAAUGGCGCUCAUUUUGGUAUUAAACGAACUUUCUAUAAGAUCCGUGAUCGUUGUUAUUGGUCGAAUAUGUACAAAGAUAUUGAACAACAUAUUUUAUCUUGUCUCAAUUGUCGGAAAAAUAAACCUUCUCGUCGUAAACCAGAUGGUCAUUUACAAUCAAUUGAACCCCCUCGUGGUGUGUGGGAGCGUCUAGCUAUGGAUUAUGUUGGACCUGUACCUCAAUCUAAGUCUGGUAAGAAAUAUUUUAUUGUCCUUACAGAUCUUUUUUCAAAAUUCGUUGUAACCAAAGCCGUUUAUGAUAAUACUUCAACAACAGCUGCUCGAUUUUUAUUAUAUGAUGUAUUUAUGAUCUAUGGUGUUCCAUCAGAAAUUAUCACAGAUAAUGGUCACCACUUCACAUCAUCAUUAUAUAAAUUCUUACUCAAAUUAGCUGAUUGUUGUCACGUAAAAACUACACCUUACAAUCCACAAGCUAAUGGUCAAUGUGAGCGUCAUAAUGCUACAUUAGUCCCUAAUCUAGUUGCACUCUCUAAUCAUUCUCGGCCCCAUUGGGAUGAAAAAUUAUUACCCACAACAUUUAAUUAUAAUGCAACUCAACAUGCUUUCACUAGUUAA